AUGAGUUUCCUCUUCUUCUUCUUCUCCUCCUCCGUCACCAUGGCCUCUCCGCGGCUCGAGACCUUCUGCUGCCCGAACCGCGAUCCCGCCACCGAGUUCGUGGUCAGCUUCCAGCCGCUGUUCUUCAGCGCGAUCUGCGUCUGCAGCGCGAGCGUCAGCUUCAUCUUCUCCCUCAUCCAGAUCUUACCCAAGCGGAGGGGAUACAGGCGGCUGGGACAGCAUCCUCAUCCCAAACCGGCCUCUUCCCUCCGGAUACUCUUCAUCAUCAGCGUGUGUGAUAUCUUAGGAUGUUCAGGAAUCAUCUUCCGGUCGUCCAUCUGGCUCGGGCUGCCCGACCUCAUCAACAGAAUCUCCGGCGGAAACAGCAGUGACGUCUGGCCGGAAGUGUUUUGUGUUGGCAGUGCGAUGUGGAUUCAGCUGUUCUUUAGCGCCUCCUUCUGGUGGACGUUCUGUUACGCCGUGGACGUUUUCUUAGUGGUCAAGAGAUCAGCUGGCAUUAGCACCAUCGUGCUGUAUCACAUGAUCACGUGGGGUCUGACGCUGCUGCUGUGUGUGGAGGGCGUGGCCAUGCUGUACUACCCCUCCAUCUCCAGUUGUGAGAAUGGCCUUCAGCACGCCGUCCCUCACUACGUCACCACAUAUGCACCGAUGCUGCUGGUGCUCGCCGUCAACCCGGUGCUGUUCUCACGGACCGUAUCGGCCGUGACGUCGCUGCUCAAGGGUCAGCAGGGCAUCUACACCGAGAACGAGAGACGACUCGGAUCUGAGAUCAAAAUACGAUUCUUUAAGAUCAUGCUGGUGUUUGUCAUUUGCUGGCUGCCCAACAUCAUCAAUGAGAGUUUGCUGUUUUAUCUGGAGAUGCAGGAUGACGUUAAAUCCAGCGAUCUGAAGAAUGUUCGCAACGCUGUGCUCAUCACAUGGUUCAUCAUGGGCAUCCUGAACCCCAUGCAGGGCUUCCUCAACACGCUGGCGUUUCACGGCUGGACGGGGCUGGACGUGGACUUCAGCCGGCAGAGACGGCGAGAGCUGCCGUGGGAUUCGGCCUCCACGUCGGUGGCGGUCGCGGGCGGAUACACGCCGGUGGUGGGAUCAACACUGCUCUACCAGAGCCACGUUCAGGAGAUCAAGAAGAACCUGAGCGCAAACGGACACCAGCAGCCUUCAGACGCCAUAAGCGUCCUGUCUGAAGAUUCAGAGUCUAGUACAGUAGAAAUCCACAUAUCCAGUGAACAGCGAGAGUUUGAGGACGUAAAGCCCAACGGAGCUUCAUUGGAGAUUUCUACAGGCUGAACGUCUCGCCGUCCUCAAACACGCUCUUUCAUACCCUUCAACUUCUGUUUGAGACCAGUCUUCAUGCAUUUGUACAAUCAAUUCAUGCCACUUUUUAAGGAUUACACUGCAAAAAUACAGUAUUAAUGAAAUAGAUGUUGUUGCUUAUGUUUUACAUCAUUUUAUACUUCAUUAAAUUAUUCUUAUUAAACAUA